AUGCCUGAUGUUCAAUCUCUGAGCUCCCCGUUGACAUGCAUGGCAGAGACUAUGUUUGCCUGCUGUAACUUUCCAUGGCAGCAUCCUACAGGAUACCAAUUUCUCCCCAAUUCGGCGGCCGUGGUAUAUGAGCCUCCGCAGCAGUAUACGAUGGAAGUGACACCACCUGUGCCAGCCCAGGCGAUUCACCCCGUGCAGCACCUGGUCUCAGGCACUGAUGUGUUACCUCAACAUACACCGGCGCAAGAUCAGCACUUGAACUUGGAUACCCUGCCACUCGACAGCUACCCCGUCCUUGGAGAAGGGUCAUUGCAGCCGCUGCUCCAGCCUGUGUUGCAACCUAUCCUGCAGGAGCCAAGGUGCAUUGCAAAUACGGGCGAUGAUCCUUAUCUGGUAGACCAGACUGGCCAUGAGUACUCUAACCAGCUGGCUUCUUCGAACCUAUACAAUUAUCCAAUAGUCACGGCACCGAUGCCAAUGCCCUUGCCGCUCAUUGAUGAGAAUCCUAUGGAUGCGAAUACUUCACUGCUGCCGUAUGGUCCAGCCCCCCUUGUACCACUAGUGCAACCUCCUUUGGUGGUCAUUGAGCCCACAUCCCCUGAGAUACAUAACUGUUAUGACACUCCUGCAGCGCAGAAUUUACCUCAGCCGGUCCAACCUGAAGAUGGGGGCAAUACAGUUGGCCAGAGGCAAGAUACAAAUCCCGACACCCUGCAACCCACCCAACGUAGUGGUAAACGUGGCCCUUUCAGAGACCAAAGUCUUCGAGAGCAAACGGCGCAGACAAGAAAGAUGGGCUCGUGCAUAAGGUGCAGAAUGCAACGCAUACGCUGCGAAUUCAACUCGGACAUUCCAGGCGGCGUUUGCCUAACGUGUAAAAAGGUAGAGAACACAAAGGCGGCAAGGCUACCAUGCCUCCGAUACAAGAUCACCGACAUGAUACUCUAUAAGCCGGGCGCAGUCCCAGGUUACGAGUGGACCCAAAGAUGGAACAAGAACAACUCGGAACCCAUCCAGCUUUGGGCUGAACGUGAAGUCAAAGUCAUUCACAUAUCUGUUUACUUCUCAAACUCGUUUCUCCCACUGCCGGUGCGUAAAUUCGUUCCACAGGAGGGAGACAAAUUAGAGCGGACAUGGGAUUACCAAGGCACCAAGAAGUCGGUCGCCAUCCCGCCAUACGCACUAGUCGACCUGGAAGCCGGCAAAUCGGCAUACACCAGAUAUAUCCGAGACUCCAUGACCGACAUCUUUCGGAACUUCCUUGGUGACACCGAUAGUCUCUUGUACAAGACGUACCUCCAAGCUUGGCACAUGUGGAAAGACCCAAACAUCUCUACAGAAUCCUUUGAGCUACUCAAUUGGACGCUUCGGCUGUGGAUAGCCGUCCGCUUGUCAACUACGUCGUGUUUUAUCGCCGGUAAUGAGAAGCUAGGCAUGUCGACCGAUAUUCUUGACCAAACCAAUCCAAACCCUGGAAAGAUUCCACUCCCCCCCGUUCUGGGAGCACAAAUGGAUAUGAUAUUGAUCCAGCACAUCCAGAGCAAACUUAGACAUGAGCUGUUGGACAACCUCCAAAAAGUAAUGCUCAAGAAUAAGCCAUCUAGCUGGCUGGUGACUUACUUGGUAACUUUCAUUCUGCUUCACAAUGUCGCACUUAUUACAAAGCACGAUGCUGCAUAUGCUCGCAAGCAUGGCAUGAAGCGUCGUUAUGCUCGCGAAGAAAAAGUCCAAGAGUAUCAUCUGGGAGCCAAUAUUAUCCUGGCCCACUUUCACUACUGUAACAAGGGUAUUGUGCCCUUCUCGGAAGAGUGCGAGGAUCAAGAUCUUCGGACGUUAGCGCAUCUAGAUGAGGAAAAGAUCAAGUUUGUUCGUGCGACCAGGGCACACAUUCAACGGCACAAGCAAGAGUGGGAGGACAUGCGCGCCAGAAAGGCGUACGAGGAGGACUACUUCUUCGUCAGUCAGUUAUUUGAGGAGAAAUGGCAGCCAAGAACCACCGUCUUGUAA